ACGUUAACAGCUGAUUGUCUGUGGAGAGAUUGAAACAAAAGGCUAACUGUUAUUCUUGUCUUAUUUUUAUUUCCUUUUAUUGGAGAUAAUUGGUGAUUAAAAUGAAUUUAUCUCGACAAUUAGUCAUUCAGAAGACGAUUAACAAUCUACUUACACCUCGUGGUAGAUUAAUUGAAUCAUCUAAUUGUCUUCUUUCUUCAUCGUCAUCUUCAACUCUCUACGAUAUCGCUGUGGUUGGCGGAGGAAUCGUCGGAACAGCAACGGCUCGUCUAUUGUCGGCCAAAUAUCGAGAUUUUAAAAUAAUAUUACUCGAAAAAGAGAAGAAAUUAGCUUCUCAUCAAAGUGGUGCUAAUAGUGGUGUUAUUCAUUCAGGAAUUUAUUACCCACCAGGAUCUUUAAAGGCUAAAUUGUGUGUGGAAGGAUCUAAAAAGAUUUACAAAUACUUGAAGGAGAAAAACAUUAACUAUCGUCGUUGUGGUAAAUUGAUUGUCGCUGUUAAUUCUAGUGAAUUGUUUCGAUUAGAGAAAUUAUAUGAACGAGCAAUCAAGAAUAAUGUUCCUGGUGUGGAGAUGAUUGGACCUGAAGGAAUGACCACAAUUCAGCCUGGAGUUAAAGGAAUUCGUUCCUUGUGGUCACCUAACACUGGAAUCGUUGAUUGGGGUUUGGUCACUCAAGCAUUUGCCCAAGAUUUUAAAUCCAAUGGAGGUCAAGUUAGAGUUAAUUUUGAGGUUAAAAAUUUUGAUCUGGUUGAUGGUAAUCCAGUAAAAGUGAUCAUCUCCAACAAAACGGCACCCGAAAAGAUUGAAGCUCGUUGGGUCAUCACAGCCGCUGGACUUUUCUCCGAUAAAAUAGCCCAAAUGACCGGAUCACCAGUUAAUCCAAGAAUUGUUCCCUUUCGAGGUGAAUAUCUUUUACUAAAAGGAGAGAAAAAGAAUCAAAUCAAAACAAAUAUCUAUCCAGUUCCCGAUCCACGAUUACCUUUUCUCGGACUUCAUUUUACUCCUCGACUUGAUGGUAAUGUUUGGCUUGGGCCAAACGCUAUUCUCGCAACCAAACGUGAAGGUUACUCUUAUCGAGAUUUUGACCUUAGAGAUAUGAUCGAUUCUCUAACUCAUCCUGGUUUAAUUAAAUUGUCCCUUAAAUAUCUUAAAGAAGGUGCUCAAGAAAUUUAUCGAAGUUUAAAUGUCGAAGCUCAAGUUAAAAUACUUCAACAAUAUAUUCCUUCAAUUAAAAAGGAAGAUGUGAUUCGUGGUCCUACUGGUGUUCGAGCUCAAGCAUUGGACGAAAAUGGUAAUUUAGUUGAAGAUUUUGUCUUCGAUUCAGGAACGGGUUCGUUCAAAGAUCAUGUUCUUCAUGUUCGAAAUGCUCCUUCACCAGGAGCAACAUCUUCACUCGCAAUCGCUGAAAUGAUUGUCCAACAAAUGGAAAAAAAAUUCUUCAAAUAAUCAACCCUUCUUAUCGUUUAAUUGUUUCUCAACAAUCAACCAUUAACUCUAAUCAUUAUGCUCUCUCUGUGUUUUAAAUUGUAUCAAAUAUUUUACCAAUCAAAUUCACUAAUUUUAGUCCAUAUAAAAUUUAUGCAAAUUUGUAAGUCCCAAUAUAAUUUAAUUUGUUACCUUAUAUCAAUUAAUUGUUAAUAAAUGUACUUUCUGAUUGUAAUUUGAUAAAUAUACAUUUUCCCAAGUAAAUUAAGUGAAAACAAUGACAAUCAAAAUUUAAUUACAUCUCUUUAAUUGGUACAAUAAAUUAAUUAAUCUACUA